CCCAGACAGUUUUCUCCAUCGAGCCACAGCUCACCCUUCGAAAUUUGGUACCUGGCCCGAGCAUCUUCCGAUCUUGCGGGAAACAUUUUGCAGUUUACCACACACAACAUAAACUAAGCUAACAACCAUGGCAGCUAGGACACCACAUCAGCGCUUGACCCCAUUUUACGAUGAAAUGCGCGAGAGAACAAUGGAUCGGGACGGCGUACACAUUGUUUACCCGCUUGGACGUGACUUUGGGAUUGCCUACCCGGGCUACUUUGAAGGAUACCAAAAUUUCACAGCUCGCUGGUUUGGCUACAUCGUCUACAAGUCGAAAAUUGAGUGGGGGUUGCUGUCCGGUGGUGGCUACGCGGUGCUGAAAUUCUCAGACGAGGACACCGUAACAGCGGUCGUGCAAGAUAAUGACGGCAACAAGUACUUUCCAACAGGAACGAGCAAAUACUAUCCGGGAGACCCCUUCUCUUUUGGGGUUCGUUCAAAAUACAAUCGUCGCCUCGAUAGAAGCACUCUCGAGCCCAUGGAGAAUGAAUACGUUCACUAUAACGCGAUUCUUACGUUCAACGCGCUUAAAGCUCAUGAAUAUUUCUCCUCCAACGGUAGCCACGUGAUUCUUUCUGUACACUUUGGCAGUGAUGAUAGAGCAGUGUUUCCUGUUUCAAAGGGACUGGAUUCCGUUAUCUCAGGGGUUGUCGUCAUGCAACCAGGCUCCUACGCUGUCUACACAGGAGUCUACACGGGGCCGGACGUAAUUCGUGUCAACGCGCCAGGCGCAGUUUCGGACCUGGGAAAGCCAGAUGUAUCAGGCGUAUAUGUGAAAAUCGGUGUACGGAAGAACCUCAAGAUGUACGUGUUCUUUCCCGACUACGGCAAGAAGGCGGUUAUGGCGCCCUUCGGAGAACUCGUGAGCACCGGUCAUCAAUUCGUUCCACGAUUUUCGAUGAACUUCAACGUUAGACACGUUUUUAUGGAGUCAUACUGUUGAAGCAAUCCUAAUGCAUAUUCCAGAAUUUCUCAAUAGCCAAGAGCAGCUGUCACAGGGUUUCUUCAAGAUGUAGUGUGUUGUGCAAUAAAAGUAGGAUGCUUUUCAGGUUCCACAAAGUCAA